AGCUGUCUUGGCUUUCCGGCCGCGGUCCCCACCCCGCGGGCUCGGUGCAGGGGUGGGUUUCGAGUGUAGAGGGGGGGCGGUUAGAGGGACGGGGAAGGGAGGAAGGAGGGAGGAGGAGAAGGGUGUCUUGGCGCCAGCUUGGUGCCAGACAUUCCAGCUGGAUGCCCGCCCCAACCAUUCGGCCGUGACGCUGCUGCGCCUGGACCCCGAGGACCGCCUGUCUUUCCGCAGGGCCCCGGACAGCAGGGAGCACAGCAGGACCCUGAGGCUCACCAACCGGAGCGGGGGCCACGUCGCCUACAAGGUGAAGACGACAGCCCCGGAGGCCUACGCGGUGCAGAAGCACCUCGGGAAGAUCGGGCCCGGGGAGUCGUGCGACGUGACUAUCGUCCUGCAGGACCCGUGGUCCGGUGGCCGGCCACCCGCAGUCGGCCACGCGCAGAGGGGAGUCGGGGGAGGGGGGCCAGGCUCCUCGGAAGAACCCUGCACCUCAGAAGGCGCG